AUGAUAAAAAUAAGAGAUAAGAUCUGUACAAACGAAAUCAAAUCAUUGUGUAUUUCUGAAGAAAGAUAUGAGGAUGAUUAUGAAGAGGAUUUAGAUGGUGAUGUUUAUUUAGAAGAUGAUGAUUUAGAUGGUGAUGAUGUUUUAGAUCAUGGUGAUGAUGAUUUAAAUGGUGAUGACGAUGAUGAUUUAGAUGAUGGUGAUUUUUUAUAUGAUGGUGAUGAUGAUUUAGAUGGUGACGAUGAUGAUGCUGAUGAAUAUGAUGAUGACGAUGAUGAUGAUGAUGUUGAUGACGAAGAUGAUGAUGGUGAUGAUGAUCAUGAUGAUGAUUAUGAUGAUUUAGAUGGUGAUGAUGAUUUAGAUGGUGAUGAUGAUGAUGACGACGAUGAUUAUGACGAUGGUGAUGAUGAUGAUGAUGAUGAUGAUGAUGAUGAUGAUGAUUAUGAUGAUGAUGAUGAUGAUGAUGAUGAUGAUGAUGAUGAUGAUGAUGAUGAUGAUGAUGAUGAUGAUGAUUUAUGA